AUGACUUCAUUGAGAAUUGCUGCUGGACAGUUAAGUUCUUCAUCAAAUCUUUCCCAGAAUCUUAGAGUUGUUAAAAAGUUAGUUCAAAAAGCAUCUAAAGCUAACUCACGAGUUUUGUUUCUUCCAGAGGCAACUGAUUAUAUAUCACGAAAUGCAAAGCAUUCCAUUGAAUUAGCUCAGCAGGUUAAUGAUCAAUUCUUAUCCCCCUUGUUAGAAUAUAUUAAAAAUCUAAAUGGUUCUACAUAUGUUUCGAUUGGGAUUCAUCUACCUGGUGAGAAAAGGGUGAAGAAUUUACAUUUAUUAAUUGAUCCCAAGGGUGACGUUGUAUCCCGAUACCAAAAAGUCCAUUUAUUUGAUGUUGAUGUUCCUAAUGGUCCUAUACUUAAAGAACUGAACUCGGUAGAGCCAGGAAAUAAAAUUGAAACCCCAGUAUUAGUCGAUGAUUUUAAAAUUGGCUUGGGAAUUUGUUAUGAUAUUAGAUUUCCAGAACUAGCGUUACGAUUGAGAAAAUUAGGAAGUGAUGUAAUUACAUUUCCAAGUGCAUUCACCACUCGCACCGGUGAGGCACACUGGGAGUUGUUAUCUAAAGCUCGUGCAAUUGAUUCCCAAUGUUUUGUUGUUAAUGCAGCACAAUGCGGUAAACAUGAUGUUGGAAAUGAUCCAAAUGACGAGUCUAAAAUAAUUUCUAGAAUAAGUUACGGAGAUACAAUUAUAGUAGAUCCUUGGGGUGAAGUUUUGGCCAGGGGUAAGAAGUAUACAGAUGAACUUCCCAAAGAUGAAGAUGGUGAUUACUACGAAAUAAUAUAUGCAGACUUAGAUAAAGAAAAGUUGGAUAAAACCAGAGUAAAUAUGCCAUUAUUAGAUCAUAGAAGACCAGACGUAUUUGGGUAUGAACUUUAG